CACAGUCUGUAAAUGAUGUAUCCAGAGACUAUAUGAUAGGGUUUGGCCUUUUUCAAGACAAAGUCAUCUUGCCUUUUACUGAUACUAGUCCAGAAAGGAUCAAGAAUCCGUGUGUUCCUGCAAAUGUGAAAUGUGUCAAACCCUUUGAGUUUAUUCAUAUGCUCAACAUGACUAAAAAUACCACAGCGUUCAGAAUGAUGAUUUCUGAUAACCUAGAUCACCCAGAAGGUUCUUUGGAUGCUAUUGUUCAAGCUGUCAUGUGCAAAUCUGAAAUAGGUUGGAGAGAUUACAGCCACAAAUUGUUGAUCUUUUCAAGCAAUGAUGGAUUUCACCUGGCUGGGGAUGGACGUCUGGCUGGAAUAGUCACCCCAAAUGAUGGCCUGUGUCACUUAGACAGAGAAGGCAAGUACACACAGGAACUUGGACAGGAUUAUCCUUCAGCUGGCCAGCUGGCACAUAUUGUUGCCAUGAGUGACAUCCAUAUUAUAUUUGCUGUAACAGAGGAUCAGAUUGCUUUGUUCAAAGAACUGUCAAACAGAAUUCCUAAUUCAAUAGUGGGAGCAUUGACCAGCCAAAACAGCUCUGGUCAUAUAAAUAUUAAAGAGAUGGUGGAGAAGAAAUACAUGGAAAUUUUUUCUGAAGUGGAACUAGAUUACACAACAAUUGCAGGUAUUGAUUUACAGAUAACAACCACAAGUGAACAUUGUCAGGAAACUGGAACAAACAAAUGCAAAAGUUUAAACAGACUUGGAUUGAUAACAUUUGAAGUAGAUGUAAGAGUAUCAGAGUGCCUGACUGGUCCAGGAGAACCUAUGAAGAAAGUUGUUAUUUAUCCAAGUUCCAAGAAAAAUGAUCAGCUGGUGCUACAUGUGAACACCCUGUGUGAAUGUUCUUGCAGAACUGAUGAAACUAAAUGGGAGCUAGAGAGUGAGCUAUGCAGUGCAGGGAAUGGAACACUCAAGUGUGGACUUUGUGAAUGUCUGCCUGGUCGUUUUGGACAUACUUGUGAAUGUGACUCCAUGAAUAUGAAUACAUCAGACUCAAGUUGUCUUGGACCUGGAGAAAACUCAACACAACCGUGUAAUGGCAAUGGUCAGUGUGUCUGUGGUCUGUGUCAUUGUGCCGAGGGAUACAGUGGACCAUACUGUGAAUGCGAUGAUCAGUCAUGUGGUUAUUUUCAAAGAGAGCUGUGUGGAGGAACUCGUGGUCACUGUGCUUGUGGUGAAUGUGUUUGUAAGGCUGACUACACAGGAACCACAUGUGAAUGUCCCACAGCCAACCUCACAUGUAUGUAUGAUAAAACAGUGUGCAAUAAUGCUGGUCUCUGUGAAUGUGGAAGAUGUAAAUGUAAAAACGGGUACAUUGGAAUGUUCUGUGAGAUCUGUUCUUUGUGUGACAGUACAGUGUGUGAUACUCCACUCUACAAGACUUGUGUUGAAUGUGCUUUAUCUGGCCAGGAACAGUGUCCUGAGAACUGCCCACAAACUGAGCUUGUCAACACUAUAGAAGGUACUGAUGGAUCUAGCAUUUGUACUGUGGCACAAACUGCCAGAUGUUUCCUGUCUUUCCGUAUCAUUAUGAAUGAAGCCAACAUUACCUUACUUGUCCAGAAAACUUCGACCUGCUCAAGCAUAAUGGCUAUAGCAGCAGUACCUGCUUAUGUUGGUGGUGGUGUGGUCAUUAUAGGCUUCCUCCUGCUUCUGCUCUGGAAGAUGCUUGUUAGCCUUAUUGACAGAGUUGUGUAUGCCAAGUUUCAAGAAAACAUGCGAAUAUGCCAGUGGGCACAGCGCAAUAAUAUGUUCUAUAAAGGGACAACAAUGUACAGAAACCCAUUGCUGGAUACAAGUGAAACGGAUGAACAGCCUCUCACCCCAAAUUCAUUUUAUUCUGAUACAUAG